AAUCAUAUGGCGGCUACGCGGGCAACGUGACUGAGCAGUGUGAGGUAGAAGCAUAACAAUAACAAGGCCAGCGGGAGAGAGGGAGCUGCGGGGAGAGCGGUGCGGGCAGAGCUGAACCCGGAGAAGCUUCUGAGCCAACGCAAGGGGGAACCACCACCAUGUCCGAGAAUGAGGGGCCGAACCUGCAGGACGAACAUUUGCAGGCAGGUUCCUGGGUAGAACUGCACUUCAGUAACAAUGGAAAUUUCCCAACGACGCAGCUGAUGGGCCAGGACCAAGGGCCGGCCUCUAUAUCUAUUCACAAUGGCGACAUGGAAAAAAUUCUCCUGGACGCCCAGCACGAAUCGGGCCGAAGCAGCUCCAGGGAGAGCUCACACUGUGACAGCCCACCUCGCUCUCAGACCCCAAGUAUCCAGAGAUGCAGUGAAAGUGAUACUUCAGGGAGCAAGGAGAAGAGCAGCUCUCAGUCAGAAGAAGAUUACAUUGAGCGGAGGAAAGAGCUGGAAAACCUACUAAAGAAGAAUUCAGACUGGAUAUGGGACUGGUCUAGCCGGCCUGAAAACAUCCCACCAAAGGAGUUUCUUUUCAAGCACCCAAAGCGCAGCUCCGCUCUCAGCAUGAGGAACACCAGUGUCAUGAAGAAAGGGGGAAUUUUCUCCGCCGAAUUUUUAAAAGUUUUCCUCCCGUCCCUGCUGCUCUCUCACUUGCUCGCUAUUGGACUGGGAGUCUACAUCGGAAGACGCCUGACCACUUCCACCGGCACUUUCUAAAGGAGAAACUCUCAGCAUGAGAUAACGGUGAACACCCAAGAGCGUGACUCCUGAACUCACUAUUCGUUUUAGCCUUUUUUUUGCUCUGUAAAUGAAUGUUGCUUGUUGAGCUUAGGGGGCCGUCAGCCCCAAAAACUGAGGUGACAUUUUCAUUACGAAAUUAACGGGCAUGUUUAACGUAACUAUCCGUCUACUGUGAAACGUAACUGCUUCAUGCAAUAGUACAAGGUUCUUUUAACUACAGAUGUGUUCUUGCGCCUCCUGCGCUAGGGAGGGAAUGGCCCGUAUGCACCAGUCCUAAUAUGGGAACUUCUAAUGUCUCCAGAUGGGAGGAUUCAGGUCUAAGGAAAUGAAAUUAUAUAUAAAUAUAUACGUUGUACUGUGAUUGAGAUGAAUUCUGGAGCUAUGUGCACAAAUAAUGACCCUAUUCAUAUAUGGUAGUUGAGAUUGUGGCCAAUAACCCAAAAAUAUGCCCUUUUUAUUCACGUAGCUACCGACCUUGAAUUAAAAAUAGAAUUUAAACAAGUAAAACAAGUGUAUACAGCAGCGUGCAAUGCAGUUUCAGAAUAGUAUCUCAGUUUUAGUUGGAUGUUUUGAUUGGUUCUCUGUUAUCCAGAUUGCUGGGAAUAACUGUGUAGAAGUACCUGAUUUCUGGGAAUAACCGCGUCACUUGUGCUUAUUGUUUGGGCUGUUGGACAAUGUGACCAAGUGAGUGGCUCCUCCUACCGUAUCCCUCUGUUGGAUAUUGUACCGGACUGGCGAAAGUAUGGGCACGUAGAUACUCUGCAUAGUUAGAAAGAGUAAAAAGGAGUGAGGCGACCACUUUAAAAACUUGAAAAGAAUCCCUCAAUAGAUACCGUGGGCCCCCGGGGCUCUAUAUCUAUAUGGGGAAGACAUUACACAGGGGGCGGAGUAAUGUGAACAUCCAUUAAGUACUCUUUGUGCCCUUGUAAGUCUCCCACACUGUGAAGUUGUCGCUUACAAAUGAUGUGCUGGUCGCCAAAAUGUCGCCCUGCACCCAACCUGGCAAGGCACCUAUAUUUAUAGACCCACCCCAUCUCUGACUUCAUGAAAGGGGCGGGGCAGAGGGUGUGCCUAUAAAGUAGGGCAGAGUAAGGUAGCCCAAACUCGCCCGCGGCCCACAGGUACUAAGCGAAGCUUGGCCUGAACCCACUUGUCCCGUGACUUUUGGGCCGGCCUGCACAUCAGAACCAUCUGCUUCCGAAACCCCUGGACAAUUUGUAGCAAGAAGCAAAAGGAUAUUUCCCCUGUAAUGACUAUAGGGCAGUCAAUGAGACAGAGAUCUGCAACUAAAGGAAAUGAUUUUAAAAUAAAUAUAUAUAUAUAUAUUAUAGCAAAGUUGUAAUUUUACCAAAAUAUCUAUUAUCUUAACCCCAGUUUUAAAAAUUUAAACCUAUUUAAUGUUUUUAAAAUGUCCCAGAAUGCUCAAGCACCUUAAAAAGGGUGGGGGGGAUCUUCAAUAGGAUGAGCUGGAACGGACCUACAACUGCCAGGGUUCAGCGGGGUGUGCUUAUAGCCGCAACUCCCAGCAUCCUUUAGCAGGGGGUCGGGCGUCCCUGUUUAAAGAUUAAAGCUCUGUAGGAAAAUUAAUGUGAAGUUUUCUGUAGCCAGUGAUGGGUGUAUGUACAUGGAGAUUCAUAUUGAUGAGCUUCAUUCAUAAGCCAAAGGCAUUUUCUAAAGGGAUAUAUAUAAUAUCCAGUAUCAAGGAAAAUUGCACUUUUGCAGCUUUUUGUUUUAUCUGUGUACACUAAUAUCAUAUAUGUGGAAGAGCAGCGCCCUCUGCUGUUUUGAAAAGAAGGCAAAAGUGUAAAUGACUGAUGCAGGAAGCGUCUCCUGGCGUUUAUUUGCUCACUGCUUAAUGAUAAAGUAUCCGGGUGAAACUAAAGCAUAUAUAUAGUGAAUAACGUAAGCUCUGUUGUGCCGGAACAGCAUGGGGCGCUACUGUUACAUAUUAAUGAUAUCAUGGAAAAGAAUGUAAAUGACAAAAGUGCUCAGAAGAGCAAUGUGACAUUUAGAUGGGUAAUUGCCCCCCUUGAGGGUCAUUAAUCACAACCCUUGUAUUUGGGAAUUUAUUCACUGUAAUAUGUUUGUACUGUUUCCCUUUUGUAGGAUGCUGAUUUAUAGUAACGCGGGUUCCACUCAUCUGCUUUCUGGUCAUUGGUGGUGCCAUAGUCACUCACUGGAGUGUAGUAUUCAGUGACCAUGCAAACCAGGCACGCCCACCCCCCUCAUCCAAACUCUGUAUAUAUCAUAGCCCUGCCAUGAAUGUUAAUACAAGUGAUUCUGUGAAAAAUAAAGGUUUGUGUUUUGAAAAUCA